AUGGAUACCACUGAUAGCCAAAAGAAAAAUCAGCGAGUAUUUAUAAGUUAUAGCUGGAGUGAUAAAGCGGAUGUCCGAUAUGUAAAAGAAUUCUUGGAAAGCAAAAAUAUUUCCUGUUGGAUAGAUGAAGAGAAAAUCUACGUGGGAGAUGAACUUCACCCUGUAAUAGCGAAAGCUAUCAUGUCGUCUGAGAUGUUUAUGCCGUUUUUGAGCAAGAAUUACGCAAAUUCAUACAAUUGUUACCUGGAAUUUAAUUACGCACAUUUGCAUCAAAAGACAAUAAAACCUGUCAUCAUCAAAGAUAUUGAUCCAAAGAAGGAUUUGAUAAGUUCAGAUGGCAAGAGAGAUUUCUAUUUUUUAAUUAGUACUAAGGUCUACACUAAAAUUCUUCGUCAAAAACAAACAGAUGAUGAAUUCAAGAAAAAUUUAGAGAAACUAUAUGAAAGUAUCGUCAAACCUAAGCCAGAGACCAAAUCGAGUCAACAACAACUUAGCCCUGCGAAAGACGAAGUUGACAAGAUGGAUACAGAAACGGCUCCAGGUAAAUUAUAA